UCCGGAGAGGUACCCAUGGAGGAGGUGGAGUUUAGGCCAGCAGCCGGGUCUUCGGCACACAUCCCCAUCACUCGGGGGGAUUUUGCGGAGUUUGUGUCCGAAGAGGAACUCGGUCGGUUGCUCCGGGAGAACCCGGGGGUGGUAGCUGCAGUGUUGGCCGCGCGGGAGGACCGGGCCCGGCAGGUUGAGAGGGCGCAGGAGGAGGAGCGCCUGAGAGAGGAGGCCGAGAGGGCCAGGGCCGAGGAGGAGGCCUUUGAGAGCGAGACCGAGGCUGCCGAAGAGGCUCAGGGGGAGGUGUGGUCCUUUGAGCGAGCGGUGACGCUCGCGGAGUCCAUACGGCUGGCACCCCGUGGUCAGUUUGACGCUGCCUCGUACGCUCCGCCCGAGCCGCACGUUUUCAUACCGUCCGGGGUCGAGAGCCUGGCACCUUUGAGGGAGAGCUAUGACGCUGAGUUGAUUCUGAGGGACCCACAGAGGCACUUGUCAGUGGACUGGGCACAGAGGGGAGCAGCCAGCACCCGUGGCCAUGGUGGUCUAGCGAGUUCGCUCGAGCUAUACAAGAGUUUGCCCGAGCGGGUCAGGGCUCUGGUUGACGUGGCAGGGUUCCGGUCAUUUAUCCUUACACUGACGCCCAUAAAGAGUGACCACGCUCUGUUGACGGCGCUGGCCGAGAGGUGGUGGGAUUCUUCGAACACCUUCCACUUGCCGAUUGGAGAGAUGACGGUGACUCCGUCGGACUUCGCAGCGCUCACCGGUCUGAGGGUAGGAGGAGAGCCUAUUCCGUUCGACUCAGAGAUGUACAGGGAUCCUGAGGCUCUGGCAUGGUUUCUGGGGCAGGCGCCGGCAGGUGAGGCGGAGACUGUCCAUUAUGACCAAUUCAAGCGGUACUUGCACGGGAGGGAGCCUGAGUCGGACUUGGAGGCGGAGAAGAUGGCGAGGGCCUACUUGCUGUACUUGUUCAGGGCUACAUUGUACCCGAACAAGCGAUCCACGGUGCACCUGUCCUACUUGCCGGCUCUCUAUGACUUGAGCACAGCCUCGAGGUUCGACUGGGGAGGAGCAGCUCUGGGUACCUGCUAUGGCUUCAUGGGGGCUUUUUCGCGUGGAAAGAAAGCGACUGCCGGCUACUGGAGGGUGUGGGAGCUAUGGGCCUACGAGGUGCUGAAGAUGUACCCUCCGGAGAACAAGUGCCCGAACUUGAGGAUGCUCCCCCGCGCCAUGAUUUGGGGUCCUAUGUACAGCGGGAAGAAGAAGUCAAGAGGGAGCCUCCUAGCCUUUCGGACCUACCUCGACGAGCUGUCUGGCACUCAGGUGGAUUGGAACCCCUGGAGCGGCGCUGAGCCCGAGCCUGAGUACUUAGCACAGAGCAGGGUGGUGACUGCGAGCCGGGUGCUGUUGGAGUCGGCCUUCGGGUGGCGGUGGUACCUGGGCGACCGGGUGACACGGCAGUCACUAGGCACUCUUGACUUCCAGGUUCCAGGGCCACUGCCUCCUCACGCCUCCCAUACGGACAAGUAUACCCUGGCUGAGCUGAGGCGCUUCACCGUUCCGACUGGGCUGGCUGCUUUUCUGAGGCCUGAGCGCGACUACGCUGUAUACCGGAGGUAG